AUGGUUGUCUCGUCCUCCGUGAAGGGAUGGGUACCUCUCUCCUGUUUAAGUGACGUACCGCUUCAGGAUUUGCCGGAGGAUAUUGCUGCGGGGGCAACUCUGAGCCUCCGUGUCUUGCGUCGCUUUUGCUGUAGCAGUUGCGAUUUUUUGGAGUCGUCCUCUGCAGCUGCCUCAGCCGCAUUAGUAGGACGCUGCUGCAACGGGGGGGGGGAAGCCUCCUUCGGCGUGUCGACGCGUUUGCAGCUGUUAUUGCCACAUGAGCGACUUCUUCCCUUCAGCAGCAACAGCGGCAGUGUCUUUUCUGCCUUUGAGCAGGGCAUGCUGGCUACGGCUCUGAUGGCAAUAGGGGGAGGGGGGGGGGGUCGUUUGCUGCUGACUCGCCGUAAGGCGCUGCUGAAGCUGCAGACGCCUUUGCUGCCACGUCCUCUGCAGCCUGCUGCUGCAGCAGCCUUUGCUGCUGCAAUCUUGCGGGAGAAGUCUGCGCAGCUACGCGUCCAGCAGCAGCAGCAGCAACCUCUUGUUGAGAGAGGGCGCGUUCUUCUCGGAUACGUCAGUGAGAUUCGGUGGCUGCCUCAUGCAGAGCAGCAGCAGGAGCAGCACGUGACAUUGCGUUUCUUUGGUCCCUUCAAGGCGAUAUUGUCGCAAAGCGAUCUCCGUGCUGCCCAAGCGACGGGGGUGGAGUUCAAGCUUGGAACCCUCGUCAAAGUAGCUGUAACAUCCGUGAGUCUCCAUCGCGGUACAUUAGAGGUUACUACUGACAUCAGUGGGGCAGCAGCCGCUGCAGCACGUGGCGAGGAGGAGAGCAGCAGCAGCAGCAGCAGCAAGACACUCUCCGUGGGAACACUUCUUCCCGGUAGCUCUGUGCGUGUUGUAUCGGUGCAUGAGAACGGAGUCUUUCUUCUGCUGCUUCGCCAUCGCGAGAGCUUUCCAAAGCAGCAAGAAGAGAAGCGCAGGAAGAAGAAGCGUGGCAGUAGUAGUAGUAGCAGCAGCAGCAGCGAAGACAUUGACGACGCAGUUGCAUCGGCAGCCAUGCGGCUGCAGGAGCACCUGCAGCAGCAGCAGCAAAAACAGCAGGGUGUUCAUCAAAUUCGAGAUCUGUGUCUUCUCAGCUGCAAGCCGUCGCUCUGCACAUCUUCUCGCGCGUCUGGCGGGAGUGGAGGAGACGGCGAGGGGAGUCAGGGGGGGAGAUAUUUUGCUCGCAGCAGUGCAGAAUUGCAGCGUUUGCAUGCAGCAGCGGGGUCUGCGCCUCUGCUGCUGUGGGGAUACGUGAAGGAGGCUGCGGCUUUCGGCGUGUACGUCGCUUUAGGAGCUUUGCAUGCGCAGGCAGUGUGCCCCUAUCGCCAUCUGGCGACGGAGUUCAUUGCUUCUCAGGAGCAUCUCAAGCAGCGACUGCCCUCCGGUUUGACGGUGAAGGCGGCUCUGCUGCCGCAGCAGCAGCAGCAGCAGCAGAGGGGGGGGCACAUCGUGGAGUUGCGUCAUCAGAAGAUCAACAAGCUCCUCAGGGAGCAGACGGAGACUUCGGCGUUGGCUGCGCUGGCGCUGACUACGCUUCAUGGAAUUCUCCAGCAGCGGGCAGCGGCAGAAGCUGCCGCAGAGGCUGCAGCUCGACAAGCUCCUUGUGGGUGUUGCGCAGCCUUGCAGUCGGGCGCCUUGCUGCGAUGCACAUUGGAGUCGUUGGAGGCUCACGGGGGAAGUCUGCGCGUUGUCGGGUGCUCCCGCAGCUCUGCCUGCAUGUCUGUGCUUGUGCCUUCUGCUUUCUUGCCGCUCGAAGUGCAGCAAGGGCAGCAGCAGGAGCAGAGCGGCGAGGAGGAGCAGAGCGGCGAGGAAGAGCAGACACAGUCCUUCGAGUGCCUGAUUGUGGCUGUUGACAACUGCAGCAGGCAAGCCUUUGGGUGCUGCUGCGUGGAUGUGCUGCAGCCCUUCCUUGAGUUGCGCAAGGAGGUGCAGCGGCAGCAGCAGCGGCAGCAGGGAGGCAGCACGAACGUCCGCUGCUGUCUAGACACUAGCGCUGCGGGAGACAAGGCCGUGUCUGCACAAAAGCGGCAAGCGGCAGCAGAAGUUGUGGAAGUGCGUCUGCUGUCGGAGAAGAAAGUGCCACGAGGGGCGUCUCAAGGAGACGACACCGUGUGGGAUUGGCAGAAAGACGCUUUGCCAGCGGCGCUGGUUCGCCGCUUGCAACAAAGGCUGAUGGCAAGACAGAACCAGCAGCGGGAGCAUCCAAGCGUUCCAAGUAAAGGGUACCUUGCAGCAGAUAUGGGUUUGCUUGCGAUUGCUGCAGUCACGGCAGAACGGAUCUCGAUCUCGAUUGGCGACGCUCCUGCGCUGAGCCUCCAACUUCCACUCUUCCUCUUGACGUUCUCCCCAAUUCGCAACAACGAGCAGCAGACAGCCUCUGGCCGCUCUGCGUCUCGUGAGGACGUGCAGCAUGCGGAUACACCUGGUAGUCGCCUUGCUGCUGCAGCCUUAGGAGGAUCGCCUUUCCUGAAGCAAUUUGCAAGGCAGCAGCAGCUGCUGCAGCCUCUCGCGGAAGCUCCCACUACAGCGGCAGAUCUGCGUGUUGGCGCCGUUGUGCGUUGUCUGCUCACGAGAGUAACGCCAUCAGCAGCAGUUGCCACACUUGUGGGCUCGCGCGUCGCUGCUCGGGUGUACAUACACCCGAGCGAUGCACUGCCCCCUCUGGCAGACGCCGCUCACCAGCAUCAGGAGAUCGCAUGGCUUCCACCGCCACUAGCAGACAAGGAGGCGCUCCCCCCUUCUCCGCUGAACCUGCUGAAGCCGCAGCAGGAAGUCUGCGUCCUCAUCCUUGCCGUGCAUCGAUUCAAGUGCAACAGCAGCGAGAGCGAGAGCGAAAGCGAAGAUGAGGAGCACGAGAAUGGCGACAUUCUCGCGUCUCUCCGCAAGCCUGCAAAGGAAGUUGUCGUCAUUAGCGCCGGACUCUUCAAACCGCAGACACCCCCAGCAGCUCUCAGGAAAGGAGAAUCUGAGACAGAGCAACAAGAAGAAGAGCAGAAGCGACAGGAGGCGCAGCCUUGCGAAGCCGAAUGGGGUAUUAUUGAAAAGACUUUGGCAGGCCAUAUAUUCGUGAGUUGUGGUUGGAGCAGCUGGAAAGGGCAGGAGGAGCUGCGCAAGCUCCAGCAGCAGCAUCCCCCCCAGGAUCUGCAGCAGCGCCACCAGCAGCAUCCGAGACGGAGAGGCUGCGUGUGUCUCUUGGACGCGUCUUCGGAUCGGCAAGCACUUCGAAAUUUUCGAGCGACUUUCACCGAAGGCUCUAUGAUUCUCUUGCGUGCCUUACCCACCUUGCGGUGCAAAGAUACUGCUCUAGCCGAUGCUGCCGCAGACACUGCUCCCCUACCUGACACGGGAGAUGCUCGCCGCUUUCUCGUGGUAGGACCUCUUCCCUCUGAGCGCUUUCCUCCUCCCCCGCGGCAGCAGCAUCGAACGGCUGAGCAGCAGCAGUCGCAGCAGUCGCAGCAGUCGCAGCAGUCGCAGCAACGUCCACCGUCUCUGGUUCAGCAGAAUCUCUUGUUGGCACCUCGUGUGUGUUCUGCUGCCUCUGCACUUCUUCCCAAGGAGAUCGAGGUAGGAGGAGGGCCAUUCGACUCGGUUAAGGAGGCGCUGCUAGGUGUGCAGCGAUGGCGAUUUCCUGAAGGGAUCUGUUGCGUGGGCCGCAUACAGCAGCUGCUGCGGCCGCCUUUUGGGGUGUCUGUACAGCUGACGCAGCUCUUGCUGGCAUCAGAGAACGGCGAGCGGGCGUUGCGGAUCCCUUUGCUGGCCUCUGUACACCUCACGGAGCUGACGGACGAGUGGAUAUCGCAGCCUCUGCAGCGUCUGCAGCUGGCAGUGGGGCAGUUCGUUAAGGUGAAGGUGCUUCCGCCGUUGCCUAAACGGGAGCAACAGCAGCAAGUGCAACACAUGACGCUGCAAGCCUCCCUGAGGCAGCAGAUCAUUGAGGGCACCUCCUCAGACAUGCAGGAGAGGACGUCUGCACCACAGCAUUCGAAGAAGUCAGCCUGCAGACCUGAAGCGAUUGAAGCGAUCCAGAAGGGCGAUAGCUUGCCGGGUUUGGUGGUCUCGAGCGGCAGCUCAGGCAUCUUCGCUGCGCUGAGUCGGAGUCUCACCGUUCGCAUCCGUCUGCAGCACGCCAGUGCGCCUGCGGAGGAAGAGGCGUCGCGAGACGAAAGCAGCGGCCUGCUGAGCCUCGACGAGUUGAAGGAACGUUUCCCACCUGGCACCUUGCUGCCAAGAAUUCACAUUCUUUCCGUGGAUUACGUAGCGCAGCGGAUCGAGGGUUCGCUCCGGCCCGCUGGCGCUGCCUCCGCGGCACGCAGCUGUACAGACACCGCAGCAGCGCUGAAGGGGCGUCGGACGGCGGGACGGAAGACUCUGCUGCUGCAUCGGUACCAAGGCGGCUCGACGGCGGGAUCCGCAGACGGCGUCAGCGAGCUGGAGAAACUGCGCCUCCGACUUCUGCAGUGUAUCUGCAAGGGGCAGAUCGUGGAGGGCACUGUGCGGCGGGUUGAGAGCUAUGGGAUCUUUGUGCGGGUGUCUCUGUUCGACCACGAGGCGGGAGACAGCGAGGGGCCAGUUGUUGCCUUUCUGAAGGAGCAGCAGCAGCGGAAGCAGGGAAAGAAAAACGACGCCGCCGCCGUUCUGGAGCAAGUCAAAGCGCUCCAGUGUGUGGCUAUUGAUGCCCUCUGUCCUUCCUCGCGUCUGGGAGCUCUUAACCCUCAGGAAAGAGCUCGACGACUCGCCUUUUUGAAGGAGGGCGACCUCGUGCAGGCACGCGUCUUGUCAGUGCAGCCCAUCAAAGUGUCGCAUCGCGAUUCAGCAGAUCUGGAAGCUGCAGAGCAGGCGGCAGCCGAUGCCAAGAGCCUCCAGACUUGGCCCUCUAUCCGCGUGGAGCUGUCGCUAGAUCCUGCUGACUUGCCGCCAUUGCCGCUGGAGGACGGGCAAGAAGACGCAAAACAUCCUGCAUCUCUAGCAGCCAUGGACGUAGAAGAUGCUGACUGCGCGGUGGGUGCUGCUUCGGUAGUGUCUGCUGGGGGUUCUUUGGCGCAAACGUCAAGGCAGCGAGACGCUGGUGAGUCAGCAGAAGCAGAGGCUGCGGCAGGUGCUGAUGCCCUUAGCGAUAGCGAUGUCGAGGAUGACGCGCUUGCACCAGAGCAGCAGCAGCUGCUGCAGCUGCAGCAGCACAAGCAGCAACAGGUGUGGGGUUGGGAAGAGGCGGUCACGGCAGACAGCGACGACGGCUCUUCAGACGAUUCAGAUGAAGAAAUAGAUGCAGACAAAGACGCAAACGCUGCAAAGAAAGGGAAACUCAGCAAGCGUGACAAACAGCGGAAACGCCGGGAGCUGCAGGAGAGCGUUGAGGCUCUCGAGGCUCAGCAGCAGGAGCAGCAGUGGACAGAAAAUCCACAAAGCGAAGUUGAUUUCGAGAGGCUCUUGUUGAUUCAUGGAAACGCUGCGGCUGUUUGGAUCAGCUAUAUGGCAUGGUAUCUGAAGCUGGGUGAGGUUGCCAAGGCGCGAGCCGUUGCGGAGAGGGGCAUCAAGCAAGCCUCCUUCGCGUCUGAGAGCGAGCGCUUCGCCGUGUGGAUGGGCUACCUCAACUUGGAAUGUUUGUUCGGCAGCAAAUUCAAUGAGGCUUUCAAGAGAGCUCUCCAGUACUUGGACCCCAAGCAGGUGUACUACCAGGGAAGCUUUGUACUGGAGAAAGCCAACAAAAUUACUGAGGCCAUUCAGACUGUCAUAGAGGGCUGCAGCAAGUUCCCCGAGUCGUACAAGAUGUGGCUCCGUGCUGUGAGUCUUCAAUUUAUCGCCGGCAAGGACCCUGCGGGAGGUCGAGGCACUAUGCUGAAAGCCCUCCACCGUCUCCCCCGCCGCAAGCACAUCAAAUUUGUCUGCUCUUGCGCGAGACUUGAGUACCACUACGGAACUCCGGAGCGGGGUCAAACGUAUUACGAGAAGCUUCUCGCGGAGCAUCCCAAGAGGACUGACGUGUGGUGUCUGUACCUCGAUCAGCACAUUUCCCUCUGCACGCCCCCCCGCCGCGAACCCUCUACGCCGGAGCCUGUCCGCCUCAUAUUCCAGCGAGCCAUUUCGCUGCCUCUGAAACCACACAAAAUGAAGUCGCUCUUUGCCAGGUGGCUUGCCUUCGAGCGAAAAUACGGAACCCCGCAGACGCAGCAGAAAGUGCAGCACGAAGCCAGGGAAUACGUCCUCCGCGUGGAAGCUCAGCUUCUAACACAAGGAGACAACAGGUAG